GCCCCGCGUGUCUCUGUGCGUCCCCCGCGUCUCCUCCUUGUCCCCCUAUGUCCCUGCCGGUGUCCCCUCCCCGUGGCCACACGUGUCGUUCCCGUGUCGUCCCCCCCGUGUCCCCCCCGUGUCCGUGUCCCCCCCCGGCACGGGAAGCGGCUCCGGGCUCGCGGAAACGGCCCCUCCCCGCGCGCCUUCGGCCACGGAGCCGCCGGCGGGACCCGCGGGGAGCCCCGCGCCGCCCCCCGGGAGCGCCUGGGACCCCCCGAGGUCCCCGCGGAGCCCCCCCAUGAAGCCCCCCGGGGCCGUGGGGACGCUGCUGCGCGCGCUCGGCCGCCGCGAUGGCCCCGACACGCCCAGGCCGUCCCCUGCCGCGCCCCACGCGUUCCGCGAGCGGAGCCUGCGCCGGGGGGCGCCCUGCGGGGGCUGCGGGACCCCCCUGGGACCCCACGGGCUCGUCUGCAGAGUUUGCAAAGUCGCCGCCCACAAGAGAUGUGAGAGCAAGGUGACGUCACCGUGCCAACCUCUGCCCCCGCCUGAGCUGGUGAGUGGGGGCGGGGCGCGAACCCCCCGGAGCCGCCGGGCAGGACCCGAGACCCCCCAAAUCCCCUUCGAGACCCCCAAACCCCGAAGCACCCCCGGGCAGGAGCCCCCUACCCCCCUCGGGACCCCCCAGCCCCGAGCCCCCCCCGUUCCCGCAGCUGGACCUGGCCUUCGUCACCGAGCGCAUCCUGAGCGUGGCCGUGCCGGGGGGCGAGGGGGGGCCCGGGGGGCACCUGCGGCACCUGGCCCGGCUGCUGGGGGCGCGGCACGGCCCCAACUACACGGUGAGCGGGGCAACAGGGGCUGCUGGGGCAACAGCGGGGGCAACUGGGGCUGCUGGAGCUACUGGUUAACUGGGGCAACGGCAGGGCAACUGGGGGACAACAGCGGGGGGGGGCAGCUGCUGGGGCUACUGGGGCAACAGCGGGGCUACUGCUGGGGCUACUGGGUUUCGGGCGGUUUUGGGGCGGUUUUGGGGUUUGGGGCGGUUUUGGGGCAGUUUUGGGGGUUUGGGGCAGUUUUGGGGCGGUUUUGGGGUUCCACCCGUGCCCCCCCCAGGUACACGGAGGAUUUUGGGGCGCUGCUCUCGGGGCGGCUCCGCCUGAACAGCUCGCCCCAGUUCCUGCACCACGUCCUGCUGCCCCCCCUGCCCGCCUACGACCCCCCCGACGGCUGCCGCCCCUUCCUCAAGAUUUACCAAUCGCUGCAGCUCGUCUACACCUCGGGGGUCUACAGCCCCCCCGCCUCGCAGCCGCUCUGCGUCACCCUGGAACCGGCGCUGCUGCUCAAGGGGGACGUGAUGGUGCGCUGCUACCACCGGCGGCGGGGGGGGCGCGAGGCGGUUUUUGGGGUGCAGUUCCACACGGGGACCCUGCGCGGGCCCCGCCUGAGGCUGCGCCGGGACGAGCUGGACCUGGCCUGGCAAGGUGGGGCACGGGGCCACGGGACCCCCGCUCCCCCCACAUCCUGCGGGACCCUGACGCCCCACGGCUUCCCCCCGUCCUGUGGGGCCCCCAAAGCCCAGGGGUCCCCCACCCCCUACGACACCCCAAAGCCCUACGGGACCCUGGUGCCCCACGAGAGCCUGGCCCUCCACGGCCCCCCGGCGUCCCAGGGGUCCCCAGCUUCCUACGGGACCCCGGCGCCCCAUGGCCCCCCGGUAUCCCCCGGGACCCCGAUGUCCCUCGGGGUCACAGCGCCCUACGGGACCCCGGUAUCCCACAGGACCCCAAUAUCGCGGGGGUCCCCGACGUUCCACGGGACCGCGCUGUCCCAGGACGCCCUGGUGCCCCACAGCGGCUCUGUGUCCCAGGGGGCUUCAACAUUCCCGGGCUCGCUGAUGCCCUACAGCCCCCCAGCAUCCCAUGGGACCCCAACAUCCCUGGAGACCGCCACUCCCUACGGCACCCCAACAUCCCAGCGGUCCCCGUCACCCUACGGGACCCCAAAAUCCUAUGGGACCCCCCCAUCUCAUGGCUCCCCAACGCCCCAGAGCCCCCCGCCAGCCCACAAGUCCCCCGUGUCCUACAGCCCCCUGAUGCCCCACGGGACCCCCAUCAUCCACGAGACCCUGACACCCUAUGGGACCCCCACAUCCCCGGAGACCCCAGCCCCCCACAGCCCCCCGACGUCCUACAGCCCCCCAAAGCCGCACGGCCCCCCGGCAUCCCCCGGGGGCUACGGGCGCCCCGUGGCGGGGGGGGACCUGCUUCUGGGGGGGCUCCCGCCCCUCUGCCCCUGCCAGGACUGGGUUAAUAUGGGGGGAGUCACGGGUGAGGUCUAUGGGUGGCUUGCAGGGUUCAAUGGGGGGGCGGUGGGGUCCCGCCCCGUGCCCCCUCCCCCGGUGCGACCCCCGCGUGUCUCCCCAGCCGUGUCGCUGCUCAAGGCGGCCCCGCCCGGCUCCUUCCUCGUCCGCCGCAGCAGCAGCUUCCCGGGGGCCUUCGGGCUGGCGCUCAGGGUGGGGGUCCCGCCCCCCCGCGCCGCCCCCAGAGCGGGGGACCCCCAGGAGCAGCUGGUCCGGCACUUCCUGAUCGAGACGGGCCCGCGGGGGGUCAAAAUCCGGGGGUGCCCCGAGGAGCCUUACUUCGGGAGCCUCCCGGCGCUGGUGCUGCAGCACUCCAUCACCCCCAUCUCGCUGCCCUGCGCCCUCCGCAUCCCCCACGCAGCCUGCUCCGUGCUGUUCCUGGGCUCGGUGGGCACCGGGGCGCUGACGGGGCCCCAGGCCGUGGCCAAGGCCGUGGGGACCCUCCUGGAGGGGGCCCCGAGUGCGGGGGGCUCCCCCCGGCCGCCCCCCAGCCCCGUGCACUUCAAGGUGUCGGUGCAGGGGAUCACCCUGACGGACCGGCAGCGCAAUCUCUUUUUCCGCCGGCACUACCCCGUGAGCAGCGUCACCCACUGCGGCACCGACCCCCAGGAGCGCAGGUGGGCGAACCCCGACGGGACCACGGCCAGGAUUUUCGGGUUCGUGGCGAAGCAGGCGGGGGCCCCGGGGGGGGGCAACGCGUGCCACGUGUUCGCGGAGCUGGACCCCGAGCAGCCGGCGGGGGCCAUCGUCACCUUCGUCACCAAAGUCCUGCUGGGCACGCGGCACUGAGGGACACCGGGGACCCCCCCCGCACCCCAAAACCCAGCUGGGGACUCCCGAAGCCCCCCGAGGCAGGGGGGGCUCAGGGGCACCCUCAAAACCCAGCGGGACUGCCCCCCCUCUUCACCGAGGUCCUGCUGGGGACACGACACUGAGGGACCCCCAGAACGCCCUGGCACCCCCAAAACCCCCUGGAGUCCUCUGUGCCAAGGGGGGGACACACAUAACUGACCCCCCCCACCAUCAUCACCCUCAUGAACACCCCCAAGCCCCCCCAAAACCACCCCCGGAGCCCCCAAACCCUCCCAGCACCCCCGAUUUGAGGGAGCAGGAGGGGACCCCCACAAUCGCCCCUCCCACCAUCUUCAGCACCAAAGUCCUACUGGGGACCCCCAAACUCCCCCUGAGACCCCCCCCAGACCCCUCAAAUACUCCCCAGACCCUCCAACCGCCCUUGAGGGCCCCCCAAAACCUCCUACACCCCCCCAACCACCCCCUGAAGUGAAGAAAAGGGGGCACAGGGACACCCCCUGCAAUCUGGGGGGUCCUGGAGGAACCCCAAUAAAUCCACAUUUAUUUUGGUGUAA